GGUUCACUGUUACCUACCACUUACCUACCCUCGAUCACCAUGCAGUGGAGCUGGGCUUAUAGGUCACUGACUGUAGUGUUGUUUACAGCUGCAUCGAACGCUAUUCUGUGGUCGCCAUCACCGGAAGUGGAAAACAUCACGGCAUGCGUAGGAGAUGACGUGUCAUUCCCAUGGUCCUUCACUACGAGCCCGUCUGAGACUGUCAUCGACAUCACGUGGUUUCUGGAGAAUGGCGGCAACAGGACUCCCUUUGCUAGCCUCAUCAGCGACGAGUUUUUCUCGUUGUCAAGGCAACACGUGCAGUUCGUGCCCAACGCCGGUUUCCUGUUACAGAAUGCGACUGUCAACGACACCGGACUGUAUUCGUUACACAUAGACACGGUCAACGGCACUGGUCACGUGACAACAAGCAAUCGCUCAGCUUUUCUAGAAGUUUGGGCUCCUCCGGUUCUGUUUGGGGGACAACUCGUAGCCCGUCAUCGCGCGGCUCCUGUGAGGGAUGACGUCACAGGAACGUGGCACGUGACUCUGGAAUGCGGACAGUUCACAGACCGGGGUCAACCACCGGUCGUCGUCGAAUGGAGGACACCGUCUGGAGCUGUUCACAAGGAUGCCGUUUACCAGGGAGGCUACUACCUGCUCCCCCUGCAAUCGGUGGAGACGGGCAACUACAUUUGCACUCUUUCUCACGAGAAUCAGUCAAGGCGUUGUCUUGGCAACGAUCACGAAGUGGAAGGAGUUGCCAGCGUGUACAUAGCUGACGUCACGGCAGAAGUGGCCAUGCUGAAGGCAAAUCAAAGUGAGUUAAUCAACGAAAACCAAGAACUGAGGUCCCAGGUCCAGAACCUCACAGACAGAUUAAACCAUAUUGAGCAGCUGCUUGAUGAUCACCUGACUUACACUCAAGAUGUCGCUCAUCAUCCGUCUAGUUGUGUAGAUGUCAAAGUCUAUGACAGCCAGAGCGGGGUUCACACCAUUUUCGUAGGAAGACUGAACAUGUCGGUCUACUGUGAUCAGGUCACUGAUGGAGGAGGCUGGACGGUGUUUCAGCGGCGACAGGACGGUUCUCUUAAUUUUUCUCGAAACUGGACUGAGUAUGUACAUGGCUUUGGAGACUUAAACGGGGAAUUCUGGAUUGGUUUGGAAAACCUGCGUGCUCUGACGUCAUCGAAGCAGAACGAGCUGCGCGUGGACCUGGAAGCCGUUAACGGGACCCGAGCCUACGCCCUGUACAGAGGGUUUAGGUCUGGCGACACCACCAACAAUUAUUUCCUCCACUUCGACUCUUUUGUCAACGGAACUGCAGGUGACAGUCUGACACCCAACAGAGAAGAAAUGUUUUCCACACACGAUCAUGUCAACGUGGCCAACCUGACUACAACCAUUCACGGGGGAUGGUGGUACACUCCUUCUGGGGAAUCGAACCUUAACGGUGUCUACACACUGAAUUCUACAACAACCAAUGACACAAUAUUUUGGAACACUUUUCAAGGAAAUGAAACUUCUCUAAAACGGACUGAAAUGAAAAUACGACCGUUUGAACGAAACCUUUGAAUGUCACUGCUUGUAAGCUGUUCUCUUCUUAAAACUGAUAAUUGUUUGCUUAUUUUAUUUAUUUAUUUUUGUGUACGCGCACUGUAUUUAUAGUUCAGUUUCUAGCCAUAUAUUAAAUUCAGACAAAUUUUUAAACUGUCAAAUUUGACAAUCAUUUUUUAAAAUUUUCAAACAAUACAAGGACUGACAUUAAUUAAGUUGUAGGAAAUUUUACAGCAACACUUUCUAGCUAAGGUAUUUUUGUUGUUUUGUAUAUUUGUUUCCUUUCUUGAAAUUUUUUUUCUCAAGUCGAUCUUUAUUCGUUCAGCAGCUUAAUUUUUGUUCUCAUUGAAUUUUAGUCACAAAAUCCGUAAAACGAUUUAUAAAAUGACAUGGAAAAGAUUUCGUUAGUAUUUAUAGGGCUGGCGGCCAUGAAUUGUCUUUGAGACAAUGAAGAUGUUUGCAUGGCAAACGAAUCCGAUUAUUCAAUAGUUCACACUAUUCAGUUAAUUUUCGAUAACACCGACAUAAUAAAAACACAAGACACGACCAACAUGGAAAUGGCAUCAAAUAAAGUCCAUGUUCAAUUUUGUGGAGUUUGAAAAGCAGACUCCAUAUUGAAGCCGUAUCUUCAAUUUAUAAAGGAAGGAGGGAAGUUGUUGUGAAGUCGCACUUAAAACGAUGAAACUGGAUCACGAGUUUGAAAUAACUUGUUUAAUUUAUUACAGAUUAUUAUCCCCUGUAUCAGUCAGCCUCAUUAUUUUGAUGUGGCUUCCAUGUUAUUUUUAAACGUCACCCUUACAUGCGUCAAAACCGGUUGACGUCAUUUUCUCUUGUGACGUCAGUUUCUAUGACCUUAGCUGAACUCUGACCUACUACUGCUACACCCCAAAAAUGGAAAUAAAAUUUUGUUUACGUUUUUCUCCAAGCAAACCCAGACUUGGGGAAAAUAUGCUGCUUGUCUUUAAAUUCGCUGUAGUACGCGAUGGUUGGGCAGACUUGUGUCAUUGUGUGCUCACCAAUGCCACAAGCGUGAAACCAAACAAACGAAAGUAAAUCUCUAG